CGAGCCGCCACGUGAAGACAUAGAUGGUGCAGGGCUGGAUAAGGGGGUAGCGUACCCUGUGUGGAGACUUGUGCACACGCUGUGGACCACUAAUGUCUAUAAUGUGAGGAGCUGUAUGUAUUACUCCCUACUGCAUAACGGAGCAAAGUGAGAUUUUGAAGGAAUUUAACAGGUGGACGCCUCCGCAGCCACGGUAACGAGCUUCCGAGUGCUGAGCCGGAUCGAGCACCGCUACGCCGUCACGCAGGUCACGAGCCGGAUGAGGAACCUACGGAGUGAACCGGCGGAUAUGAAGUUCAGGAUGACGCUGCCCAAGAAAGCCUUCAUAUCCUCCUUCACGAUCGAGGUGGACGGCGUGAACCACACCAGCACGAUCGGGGAACCGCUGCCGGAGCCCAGUUUCAACCAGCGGCUGGAGAGGUCCAUAUUUCUCGUCCAAGAAGAGAAUAAUGAGCAGAAAUUCGAGGUCAGCACCAGCGUGGCCAGCCAAGGCAAGGUCACGUUCUACCUCACUUACGAGGAGCUUCUAAGGCGGGUCAACGGCCGGUACCUCCACACGGUGCAAGUGCGGCCGGGUCAGCUGCUGGUGUUCUCCGCCGACGUGAAGAGCCUGGGUCAGUUCAACGGCACUCGAUCCCACAAGAAGAAGGUCAAGAGGAUGAUGAAGAGGCUGGAACCGAUGGGGAACUCGUACCUGAACCCGGCGUACCACGAGGCUCUCCGGAGGGCCACGGGGUUCGAUCGGAAGAACGUGGCCAGGAAGGUGGUGAUGGUGAGCGACGGGUGGGGCACGCUGGGCCAGACGGACCCCGAGGUGAUCCGUGCCACCCUGAGGGCCGCCAAUACCUUCAACAUACCCAUCUUCGGCGUGGUAUUCGGACCCGACGCCGACCUGAGACUGAUCGAGCAGGUGAGUGCGGACAGCGGCGCGUGGGCCCUCAGAGUGUUCCCUCGGUCCGGAGUGAAGGAACAGGUCCGCCGGUUCUUCCAGGAGAUCUCGUCGCCCCUCCUGGUGGAUGUGGCGAUGUCGUACCCGCAGGAGCAGAUCUACGAAGAGCUCCCCGCGAGAGUCGAGCUACUUUUAUUCGGGGAGCGAGAUGGUCACCGCCGGGGUCUUGGUCCCAAAUACGCCCAAUUUCCACCCUGUUGUGACCGGACGAGGUCGUUUCGGGCCGGAACGACUUGAGGUGACCCGGAUCGACUCCCGGUACCAGAAUAUCGCGAUGGGAGGCGUUGGUAUCGUCUCCAGAAUCUGGGCUUACCUGAAGGUGCAGGAUCUCUUGGCGAAGAUGGCUGCUUCGGAGGACCCGUCUGUCAUUGUGAGACUCCACUACACCCUGCAGGACUUGGCCACCAGA